UCGGUGGGGUGAUGCUACGGCGCCGGGAAGGGGCCGGCAGGGCGGCGGGAAGCGGCCCGCCCGCUCGGGCUCAGCGCCGCUCCCUCCUUCCCGCCGUUCACCGAGGCCGGGGGCUCCGGGCACGGGGCCGGCUCGCGGGCAGCGCCGCGCGGCGGGAACGGGCGGGCGGCGGCUGCGGGGAGCGCGAGGCUGCGCGCGGGCCGAGGCGCGUGAGGAGAAGGCGGCGCGGGGCAGGCUGCCGGCGCCCGAGGGAAGGGAGAGAGCUCUUCUCUGAGACGCGGGGAGGAAGCGGGACCCCCGGCGUUUCAUGUUCCGCCGGCCCGACGGCAUCUCGGCGUUGAUUCCGACCCGCUCCCACCCGCGCCCGGACAGCGACGGCGAAGAGGAGCGGCGCCGUCCCGCCAUGUCCCGGUACGGCCUCCGCAACCUGCUGGACUGGCUGUAUGGCGGGGUGGACCCCAGCUUCGCCGGCAACGGAGGGCCGGAGUGCGCGGCCUUCCUGUCCGGGCGGCAGCGCUUCGUGGAGAGCCUGGUGUUCCUCAGCCUGGGCGCCGCCGAGAUCCUCGUGGCGCUCCGCAAGCUGCGGCAGCUGAACCGCGGGGAGCUGGAGGGGCACCUGCUGCAGCAGCACCGCGCCAAGACGGAGAGCCUGGGCAAGAACCUGCUGCUCGUGGCGCUAUGCCUCGUCUUCGGGCUGGAGGUGGGCUUCAAGUUCGCCACCAGGACGGUCAUCUACCUGCUGAACCCCUGCCACGUGGUCACCGCCGUGCAGAUUUUCCUUCUUGCUUGCCCUCCAUGUCGGGCUGCAAUGAUUCUCUUCAGGUUGCAGAUGCAUAUGCUGAAUGGGGCUCUCUUGGCAUUGCUGUUUCCUGUCGUUAAUACGCGCCUGCUUCCAUUUGAAAUGGAAAUUUAUUACAUCCAACAUGUGAUGCUCUAUGUUGUGCCCAUCUAUCUGCUGAGAAAAGGAGGGAUCUACACUCCAGAACCACUCUCCAAUUUCUGGUGGGCUCUUUUAUCUACUGGGUUUAUGUUUGUAUAUCACUUUAGCAUCUUGCAAAUUCUGGGACUGGUUACAGAAGUGAAUUUGAACAACAUGUUAUGCCCAGCCAUUUCAGAUCCUUUUUAUGGGCGCUGGUAUCGAAUUUGGGCAUCUGGACAUCAGACUAUCAUGACUAUGACUCAUGGGAAGCUUGUAAUCUUACUGUUUUACUGUGCUGACCCCAUCUUUAAAUGUAGUGUGGACUUGCUUAGAUUUCCAGCUAAGAAAAUAGACUGAAAUGUCUCCCCACAGAGCAGUACGUACAGGAAGCAGACACCCCUAUAUUCAUACUGGAAAACCAAGAGGAGGGGUGAGAAGACAAUGUGUUUAUUAUUUUUCUCCCCGCAGUUUAUGGCCUCACAAACACUUCUAUUAUCAAUUGAGGGGUUUUCUUUCAACUGCUGUUUUUCACUGCCUACUGCCAAUGGCAACAUUAGUGGCCUUAUUCUGGAAGAGGUUCCUGUUCUGUACAUUUUGUGUAGAUUACAGUAAAAUCUUGCUAAUCUACCCUUUAAAAUUAGGUGAGGAUCUAUCUACAUUCCAGCAAAAAGAGUGGCAGAGCUACCUCAUUUUGACUUACUUUCCACUAAGUAGAAUUUUUCCAUUAAUACAGUUAUAUCACAGGAUAGGAGCUAAAGCUGAAUUCCAAUUCUCUACUCGUGUGAACAGAACAUAUCUUGAACUGCAUCAUCAUGGCUUAACUCCCAGUACUUAAAUGUUGCAAAAUGGUCAUGGUGGAACAACGUACACUUAAUCUCCUAGUCGUAAGUGCAAAGCAAUGAAGUUUUACUGUAUUUUCUUUAAGCUGGUUGAAAAUAUCGGGGAACAACAACUCUUUUAAAUACCUGGUUGUUUUUUUUAAAAUGGAAUACUUUGGUUUCUGGCCUGCUAAGUAUAACUGUCUGUCUGGUGAGGUCCCAUCAGAUCUUGAUGCUCUGGAGAUGAUUUUGAGUGAGUAGAAAAACACCACACAGAAAUUAUUAAAAAAGCCGAUGUUAUGUGUAAGUUCUGAUAGGUAUUUAAUCAACAAUGCUGACCUGCCUUUAAACAAAAUGCUUUUGUCACUUAGCUUAGACUGGAGACUGAGUAGAGAUGCAAUGUACAAUGUAAACAGGUCUCCUUUUUCACUUAGUAGCAUUUUAAACAUUCCUCCUCUGCGUUGUACCCUGAUCCUUAGUAGAGCUGUUGGUGAGGAAACAAAAUGAAACUAUUUUCUGUCUCCAUAGCUCUAGUACAUUCUUCAUACUGAUUUUUAGAACACAAGUAUAAAAAUGAAUGUGAAAUCAGCACAGGCUUCUACAGAAAAGGCAAUGUUCCAGUUUACUAGUGUGGCUAGGUUUUCUUGUCAACAUGAGUUUUGGAGUAGAAAAGGAUGCAAGUAGAGAGAAUUAUAAAUAGUAAACUGGCUAAGGGGAGAAACUGUAAGGAGGAAAGCAUGGACAUCUUUACUGUGUUCUUCCAGAUAGUUAACUGUAGAUCCAUUGUUGUGCAGCCUGUUGUAUUUCAGGGCUGCAGGAAUUGUGUUGUACAAAAUGCUAGUUGCCACUUCCAUUGCAUUGUUAUAGCUGUGACUUGUAAGAUAGAAACAAAACCGUCAUACCUCCUCUUGAUGGAUCACCUGAAGAUAUAUUCUGAUGUUAAGGUACAGUGUUUAUACCUCAAGAAGAGAAGUAAGAAUGAUAAGUGGUUGAUUUUUUAUUUUAUUUUAUUUUUUUUUUUUCUUUUCUGCAAGAUAAGAAUAUAAUUGGGGAGGAACAGAUGACUUCUCUAAAUGUUUUCACUUUGUGUGUUUCUUUUGUUUUGUUUUUUAAGUAGAUCUCCCAGUACAAGUCCUUUCUGCUGCAUUCAAAUUUACAGACUAGCUUCUGGCUUUCUUUCGUGUCUAGAAAGUAAACAUCCUGUAUUUACUAUAAAUUGAGAUGUAAGAUUGACCUAAACUAUGAAGCAUGUAUAGCUAGUCCCAGUUGCACAGACUGAGCACUGUUCAGUUUGAGAAAGGUAAGCACUUGAUAGUAACAACUACUGUCUCAUAGUGUUGACUGUGAAUUGCUGAUCCUGCGAAUGUCUAAGUACAUAAUUAAUUUUAUUGAGCCAUCUCAUUACUGCUUCAGUAAAGCAGGGCAUGUGUUGUGUAUUUGUGGAGGGGUGAGCUAAAGAAAACAUGCAUUGGUAUUGAAGGCCUGAACCCAUCUGUGAAAGACUACUUAAUUAGCUGCUGAUGUGAUGCUCAAUUCAAGAGUCAGUAUUUCAUUUGCAGCUGAUGAAAUACAUGAUGUUGCUGAGAGAGCUAAGGUGAACAGAAAUAUUCAUGCCUAUUUGUCUCCUAUGACAGCUACGCGUACAGUGCUUCUUCCCUUCCCGCAGUUACUGUCAAGUCUGUCUUGAUUUUAUUUACUUAAGGAUUGGCAAAAAUGCCUUCUGUUGAAUCUGGGCUGGUUUAGAAACAACAAUAUUACAGUAGGAUGAUCUUGCCAAAUUUUACGAAUGUUAGAUUCUUAUUUGCCUCAUUUUACUAUUUUUUGAAUAAUCUUUCCUGCUUUAAAAAAAAACAAGCAGCAUGUCCUAUGUCUAAUCAUAUGCUUCGGAGCAUUGGAAACAGGUUUGAAACAGCUCCUAUUUAUCACCAUUGACUGCCUCUGAUCAAUUAAGACUACAGGAGCAAGAAGCAAGCUCAGUGCAGUCUCUCUUAAAAUGCAAAAUUUUCAAGUUCUUCUACCUUAUAGUUGAGGGAAGCUCUUAUUUCCUUUCACACUUCCCCAGUUUGAGUUUUGGUGCAUGUUGAACUUUUGGCUUAAGAUGCUAAAAUGUCUAAUUGAAUGUAAUAAUUCAGCAAGGAGAAGUAAACUGGCUGUUACACUCAAUAAGGAUUUUAUGAGCAUCUGGAUUUUAUGACUGUCAGGAGACUGGAGCCACUGGGUUCUAGAGGGAAGAAGGGCACCAGAGGCUUAAACUCUUCUUCAUGGUAAGCUGUGCUGGCUUCUUUUGCUUGUUGUACACCAUCAAUGAAGCUGGCUGAGCUUCUAUCCACAGAAUGUCAGGGAGGGACCUCAGAAGAUCAUCUACUCCAACUCCCCACAACACAUUCUGAAAACCAUUUUUAAACACAGCCUUUCAGCUUGGUUUAUGGUGUAGCUGUACAGAAAUUGUCAGCACACUUGAGGCACAAGCUUCACAUAUGGGGAAGAACAGGGCAGAAGGGAAGCAAAAAGGGAAUGAACUUCUGAAACAUCAAUGGAAAUUUACAUACUUUACUCUUCAGUUGUUUUGAAUAGCAGUUUGGAAGAGGCAGAUGAUAGAGCUUGUUCAAUGUGAAGGAAUUUGGUUUGAAAAGGAAAAUAGAAUACUUCAGCCUUCAUACGGGAAUAUCUGUUCCCUGGCAGAUUUUCUUUUCCAUGAAUGGUUUAUUAAAUGAGCAGUUAUUCUGUUUAGAUGAAUUUCUGGUGAUUUUUUUCUUGUGUAUGCUGGAAAUUAAGGAGUAAAACUAUGUUGCUAUUUAAAAAUACUGAUGGGCAUUCUCUCCUGUGGCACUAUGGACACAAUCGAUGUCACAGUAGCUUUAAGCUGUUGACCAGAGCCUGAUGCUGUUUUACAUUGGAGCACUGCAAUGUAUGAUUGAAAGGGUAAGUCCUGGCCCUCCAAUAUCAGUACAUCUAUUUUGUCAGUACUAACAGUUAUGAAGAUACUAGGAGUAAUACAGUGCAGAGCAGGAGGCUGAUAUAGCCAUGCAGACUAUCUCCUUUUAGCUUGUAUUUUAGAGGUGUUCCAGCAGGUUAUAGAAACUCACCCUAAAGUGGAUUGGUUUGCUGUUCCCUAGAAAGUCAUGUACAAUACCAGAAAAACUUACUGUGCUGUGCUUAAGUCUGGACUUUGGAAAAUUAUGGAUACGGGCAGAUGUUUGAUCUGAUCACUGUAUUAUACUCUCUAGUAUCAUAGACACUUCAAACAAAAGAAAUGAGGAGCAAUGAAACUGAUUACUCUUUCUGUCACUGAAUGACCGUCUAAAUUACUUCCAGUAUACACAUAAAUGAAGCUCUAGUAACUACAGUAAAGUUGGCUGCAUUGGUUCAUUUAUGCAGACUUCUUUAAGUAGCCUUUCAAAGUGCAAAAAUGAGCUGCUAAAACUUCUGCACCCACCAUAAGAUCUGGUGAUAACCUGUGACUAUUGAAAUUAUUGUGCCAAGGUUCUAGCUGUCUGGUACACAUGCAGUGAUAACUUUUCUAAGGAUUCAGGCCGCUGUAGGCAGUGUAUGAACUGUAUCUGUUUAACUUCCUUCUGUUUAAGCACUAGAGAUUUGCAUUUUGUUUCUUCUGAAGGGUGAAAUUAACAGCACUUGAUCAUAAUUAUAUAAAUCAAUCAAAACUCUGAAUGUACUCAUGUACUUUGGUUUUGGUUCAGCAUCGUAGGGCUUGACAAAUACUGCUUAUAAGCAAAGCUCACUUGUGCUUUAGCAGAUGCUGCCUUGCUGAGGCUGGGAGACAUCAAAAGUCACUCAUUUGCAUAUCUUAAAACUAUGGAGUACCUCAUUAUAGAUUUAUCCCUCUGUCUCUAGCCACAGUCAGGGUUUUGAUAUUUCAGUAUAUUUUGUAACAUUUUGUAAAACUUGAUAUUAUCUUCCUUUCAGAAAUGGCUACUUGCAACUGUUCAAGUACUGUACUUUACUUCUUUAUUCUAAUCCUUGCGUCUACACCAUAGGCAUUUGCUUCCUGUGCAUCUAUACCUAAUGACAACCAUAGACUUUGAUGUUCUUCUUGCUGUUUUCAAGUCAUAGGAUCAUUUAGGCAGGAAAAGGCCUUCAAGAUCAAGUCCAACCAUUAACCUCACCUACCACAUCCCUCAGUGCCACAUCUACACAUCUCUGAAAUACCUCCGGGGAUGGGGACUGCACCACUUCCCUGGGCAGCCCAGUACAAUGCCUGACCACUCUUUUUGAGCAGAAAUUCUUCCUAAUGUUCAAUGUACACCUCUCCUGGUGCAACUUGAGGCCAUUUUGUCGCAUCCUAGCACUUGUCACCUUAAAGUGUUUGACUUGAGGUGGAUACUUAGGAAUUGAAUUAUUCCUAAUGGUUAACGCAGUUCAGAAAAAGCUAACAGGAAGGCAUGUAUCAGCCCUUCUGUUAGAAGGUGGAAGGUUUCUACAAGCAGGUGGAUCAGUGCUGAUGUUUUCAUUUUUAGUGAUGAUAUACAUAACAAAUCUGUUGAUUCUUGUGAUCUUGUACUCAAUAUGAUAUUGCUGUAUACUUGUCUUGCAGCUUUAUUGUAACUUAGUUAAAACCAAGCUGUUUUUAAAAUGAUGAUGUUUCUCUUCAGGGUCAAUUUUGUACUUUUUUAAAUUAUUUCUGCAUUUCCUGAGUCAUUAUCUCAAUGCUGCAGAGGACGCAGCAGGCAGAACAGGAUGCAUACCCACACUGCUCUCGCCACCCAACCUGUGUCAGGCAAGUGGAACUGCUCAGGGACUGGACUGAAGCACAUGAGCAGUCCUUGGAAGCUUGCAGUUUCCAUUAGCCACCCAGGCACAGAAUGGAAUGGCAAUGUCAAGGCUGGUUGUGGAGAGGCUCAACUGCCACGUAUGCUGUUAGUUCUGAAUAAUUUGUAGGAAUGUUAUAAAUUUUGUAAACUUUUUAAUGUGCUAAAACUUGGUUAUGAGGUAACAUUUACAAAUAAGGGAUAACCUGUGUACUUGUUUUUGUAUUUUGGUCUGACUUUUUUGGUUGUAGUGCCCUAUGUCCAGCUCACUGGGCAAACAGUUCUUAAACAUUUGAAUUAAAACAAAUAAAUGCAUUUUAAUGGUACUGUAAUUUUGUUGUCAUUGUAAUCAUGUCAGGCACUGCAUCUGUCUUGUUUUUAAAGUAGGUAAAAAAACAGACAUUCCUCUUCUAUUUGUAGUAUUAACAGAUAGAUUCACACAGACUUGAUUAGAUAAGUGGUCAUCAGAUCAAUAAGAAUACAGCUUCUCCUAUCUUCUUAAGCUGUCUGUACAGCUAGAUUUAGUUUGCCUUGCAUGGUGCAGUUUCUGCUGUGCAAUUAUGAUUAUCACUGUUUCUAGAACUUUAAAGCAUUUGACUAUGACCUAUGCCUGUAAUUUAGCAAGCAAUACAAGCCAGAGUUUACUUCACUGUAAGACACAAAUCCUCUAGUCGCUGUUCAAAUAUUCAUCUCCUUCAUGUAAAAAAGCUCUGGAUACAAUAUUAUGAUGUUUACUCUGCUUUCAAGUUUCUUGCCACAGUUUUGGUAGAGUGUGUUUUCUUUUUUAGUUUCAUACUCUGUCACCUCAGUAGAGGAAGACAGAAAAAGUACAGAAGUUUUCAGCUCAAAACAGUAUAAUUUACAAGGGCUUUCUGGCCAAUCUCACACAUGUAGAUGAUGGCAAACAACUGCCAUCAUUACUGCAUUUCCGAAAAGCUUCUGGCUGUAAUUAAAAGGUCACGUAAGUACACGGCAAUAAUGCUGAAUGGAAGAAUAACCAACCUGCCCUCUUUGAAACAGACCUAAUGUUUGGCACUGAUCUGUUAGUUUGAUUUCUAUUCUGUGAUAACCUCAUACCUGGGUGAUGUAAAAAGAGCAGGAGGCUUUGGGAAGCAAGCUGUAACUAGUGCUGCAUUCUGAUGGUCUGUAAGGUCUGGGGAGACUUCUACCUAUUUCAGACAAAUGAUACCAAGUCUGUAAAAUAAUGAAAGAACAUCAGUGGAAGCUAUUUACUCAAGCAGAUUUUCCCUUCAGAGUUACCAACAUCUAAAGGCUACUAUUCUUGUUUUCAAAGUAUUUUCAGCUAGAGACGGGAAGCCUAUUGAAAAUGAAUUAGUCAAAGGCAAACAAAAACAUUUCCACAUUCAGAGCUGAAUCUCAGGGCGACAUUGGAAAUUCCUUGCACUGCUGUAGGAAUUAUCCUACAGGGGAAAGAAAGUCCCUUUAACCAACACUUACCCUGUAGAACAU